AUGGACUUAACGGAGGACACGGAAAGAUGUGGAGAGCUGGCCCAGCCCCGGAGGCACACAGGCUGGAGGACGGACAUUGAUGGAAUGAGACAGCACAGCCGGACAAGGAAAAAUAGGAAGAAUGCAGUGGCCGGACGGAAAUGGAUAACAGAUUGUGAUCCAGUCGCCGGAGGUCUCUCCAAGGAGGACAUCGAGAACAUGGUGAGAAAUGCAGAGCAGUAUGCUGAGGAGGACAAGAAGAGGAAGGAAGUUGUGGAGGCAGUGAACAGUGCAGACAGUAUCAUCCAUGAUACAGAGACAAAGAUGGAUGAAUACAAGGACCAACUGCCAGCUGAUGAGUGUAACCAGCUGAAGGAGAAGAUCACCAAGGUGAGGGAGGUGCUUGCCGACAAGGACAACGAGACCGCUGACAGCAUCCGAGAGGUCACAUCGGGACCUCCAACAGGCAUCACUCAAACUCUUUGAGAUGGCUUACAAGAAAAUGGCGUCAGAGAGGGAAUCCUCCUCCUCCUCAUCUUCCUCUGAGGAAUCCAGUGAUUCCACAUCAUCAUCAUCAUCAUCAUCAUCUGAGGAGAAGGAAGAGAAGGAAGAGAAGAAGGAUAAGAACUAAGUGUUAUGAUACCAGUUGUGAGAUACACGGAACAGUGGCUUCGUCUUCAAGCACACGCCACAGACACUUGUGAGAUACACGGAAGUGAUCAUUAUUGUGUGUGGUUAGAUAUUCAUUGAGAAUAGUAGUCAGCUCAUCUAGCAGAUUGCACCCAGUACAUACAGACAUACAUUCUUGUACAGGUCAUCAUCAAGUUGCACAGAGUCAUCAUCUGUAUUGAAAAUUCCUUCAUGAUAAAAAUCAAAGUGUUUGAUAAAAAUAUGGUUCCAUCGCCAAGCAAGAUGUAUGCACGACAGCACACGCUGCAUGUCUCAUCCUGAGAUUGUUACAGAUGUUGUUAGUGCUGGAUGGAGUUGUGUCAUGUGGGAGGGAUGGUAGUCGGGGGUGAGGGGAAGACACCAGAGUAAAGUGUUACAGUAUCUGUACAUAUAUUAGCUAGGCAGAAAAGCAUUUAGUUUGUGAUAUUUGAGUGUGUGAUCAUAUUCAGUGGAAGGAUGGAAACUGUAGAUAUGUGUGUGAUUCAUAGUCAUGCGAGACGACACGAAAUGAGACAUUGGUUACUGUUUGUAAUCCCUUGUGUCUUUGUAUCAUUGUAUCAUAAUAUAUACUUGUGAAGAAGAA